AGAGCCCCCACGUUGGUACGAGUUACGACAGAAGGGGUAGGGGAGAAAGGGGGUUGUAGUGCAGGGUGGGAGCUUGUUCCUGUUGACGUGUCCACACAAUCUGAAAGGAAGGUGUCCAUUUCUGGAUGGUCAUAUACUCUCGUAGGGUAACAGCGUGGUGUAUUUUUGUUUUUGCUAAGUCUGGUGGUCUUCUAAAUAGCUAAUUCUUGAUUAAAUGUUAUUUAAUUUACAGCAAAAUACUUCAAGUACUUCAAGAGAGUGAACUUUGUUUUCUAGGCUUCAUAUUUGAAAAGAUACAAGCUGUUAUUUUCACUUCAGCUGAAUAUGUGUGCCUUUAGAGAAAUAGUAACUGUUCUGUCUUAGCUUUAAUACCAAAUAUAAGUUUUUGUAACAUAUUUUGUGCAUAAGGCACAGUUAUUGCUUGGUCUAAUGGGAUAGUGUUUAAGAUUUUGUUUUAUUUUUUUUGUUCAAGUUGCCGUUAUUUUAAUUCUAUUUUUAAAAAUUAAAACAGUAAAAUAAGAUGUUUCCUGUAUUAUAGUGAUAUUAAUGUAAUUUAAUUGGUUUAUAUCAACUAAAAAUAAAGUUGGGGCUUUGUGAGCUAAAUUUAUAUGUGAUAUAUUAAAUCCAUUAUUGUUUUGUGUGUUUUUUGUUUUUUCCCCCCCCCCCCAGGACUAUUUCCUAAAGGAGUUCCAGUUGCUUGUUUUCAUGACUUUGAGCCUAUUUAAUCAGAGAUGGAGCAGAUGGACUGCAAACCCUACCAGCCACUGUCAAAAGUUAAACAUGAAGUGGAUCUAACUUACACAAGUUCUUCAGAUGAAAGUGAAGAUGGGGGAAAGCAAAGGCAAUCUUAUGACUCAAGAGAAACUCUGAAUGAGUAUAGCCAAGAGCUAAGACUUAACUAUAACAGUCAUAGCAGAAAAAGAAAAACCAUUGACCAGUCCACGCAAGACAUGGAAUUCUGUGAGACUCCCCAUAUCCUGUGCUCCGGCUAUCAAACAGAUUUACACGGUGUAGCUGAGCACAGUUACCCGCUAGAGGUGGGCUCAGACGUGGAUACUGAAACAGAAGGUGGUGCGUCCCCGGAUCAUGCCCUGAGGAUGUGGAUGAGGGGGAUGAAGUCGGAACACAGCUCCUGUUUGUCGAGCCGGGCAAACUCAGCCUUGUCCCUCACUGACACUGACCAUGAGAGGAAGUCUGAUGGGGAGAAUGAUAUGCCAGGUAGCCCACACAACCAGUUCACCUUCAGACCCCUCCCGCCGCCGCCUCCACCACCACACGCGUGCACCUGCGCCAGAAAACCACCUCCGACAGCUGAUUCUCUCCAGAGAAGAUCAAUGACCACCCGCAGCCAGCCCAGUCCUGCUGCCCCAACUCCCCCCACCAGUACGCAAGAUUCGGUGCAUCUCCAUAACAGCUGGGUCCUCAACAGCAACAUCCCGCUGGAAACCAGGCAUUUCCUAUUUAAACAUGGAUCUGGGUCUUCAGCUAUCUUCAGCGCGGCCAGUCAGAACUAUCCUCUAACAUCCAAUACUGUUUACUCUCCACCUCCUAGGCCUCUUCCUAGAAGUACCUUUUCUAGACCUGCCUUCACUUUUAACAAACCUUACAGGUGUUGCAACUGGAAGUGCACUGCUUUGAGUGCUACUGCUAUUACCGUUACCCUGGCCUUGUUGCUAGCCUAUGUUAUCGCAGUACACUUGUUUGGUUUAACCUGGCAACUACAGCCUGUUGAAGGGCAGCUAUAUGAAAAUGGAGUUAGCAAAGGAAAUAAAGGAACAGAAUCCAUGGAUACUACUUACUCACCCAUCGGAGGAAAAGUUUCUGAUAAAACGGAAAAAAAAGUGUUUCAGAAGGGACGGGCCAUAGACACAGGAGAAGUUGAGAUUGGAGCACAAGUUAUGCAGACGAUCCCCCCUGGUUUAUUCUGGCGCUUUCAGAUUACUAUACAUCACCCCAUGUACCUGAAAUUUAACAUUUCACUGGCGAAGGAUUCUCUGCUGGGGAUUUAUGGCAGAAGAAACAUUCCACCUACUCACACGCAGUUUGACUUUGUAAAACUGAUGGAUGGAAAACAGUUAAUUAAACAGGAACCAAAAAACUCCGAGGAGGCUCAGCAAGCUCCCAGGAAUCUGAUCUUAACUUCACUGCAGGAGACAGGUUUCAUCGAGUAUAUGGAUCAAGGAGCUUGGCAUAUGGCAUUCUACAAUGAUGGAAAGAAAGUGGAGCAAGUGUUUGUACUAACUACAGCGAUUGAAAUCCUGGAUGACUGCUCCACUAAUUGCAAUGGGAACGGAGAAUGUAUAUCGGGGCAUUGCCACUGUUUCCCGGGAUUCCUUGGUCCUGAUUGCGCAAAAGAUUCGUGUCCAGUGCUGUGCAGCGGAAAUGGAGAAUAUGAGAAAGGUCACUGUGUGUGUCGAAAUGGGUGGAAAGGACCGGAGUGUGAUGUUCCCGAAGAGCAGUGUAUUGAUCCGACCUGCUUUGGCCAUGGUACUUGUAUCAUGGGCGUCUGCAUCUGCGUCCCUGGAUACAAAGGAGAGAUUUGUGAGGAAGAGGACUGCUUGGAUCCGAUGUGCUCCGGCCAUGGUGUGUGCGUUCAAGGGGAGUGCCACUGCUCCACGGGCUGGGGCGGUGUGAACUGCGAGACGGCGCUCCCCGUGUGCCAGGAGCAGUGCUCGGGGCACGGGACUUUCCUCCUGGACACGGGACUCUGCAGCUGUGAACCUCAGUGGACAGGUUCAGACUGUUCAACAGAGCUAUGCACCCUGGACUGUGGCAGCCACGGCGUCUGUUCAAGAGGGAUAUGCCAGUGUGAAGAGGGCUGGGUGGGACCAACCUGUGAAGAACGUACCUGCCACUCUCACUGUGCUGAACACGGCCAGUGCAAGGACGGGAAGUGUGAGUGCAGCCCUGGAUGGGAAGGGGACCACUGCACCAUCGAUGGCUGCCCAGGUCUCUGUUAUGGAAAUGGGAGGUGCACUCUUGAUCAGAAUGGAUGGCACUGUGUUUGUCAAGUGGGCUGGAGUGGCUCAGGAUGUAACGUUGUCAUGGAAAUGGUGUGCGGAGAUAACCUGGACAAUGAUGGAGAUGGCUUGACAGACUGUGUAGACCCUGACUGUUGUCAGCAAAGCAAUUGUUACGCAAGUCCUCUCUGCCAGGGUUCGCCUGAUCCCCUUGACCUUAUUCAGCACAGCCAACCGCCUUUCUCUCAGCAUCCUCCAAGGCUCUUUUAUGAUCGAAUCAGAUUCCUUAUUGGGAAGGAAAGCACUCAUGUAAUCCCAGGAGAUGUCUCAUUUGAGAGCAGACGGGCAUGUGUCAUUCGAGGCCAGGUGGUGGCAAUAGACGGAACGCCGUUGGUUGGUGUGAACGUCAGCUUUCUGCACCACAAUGAGUACGGAUACACCAUCAGUCGACAAGACGGAAGUUUUGACCUUGUGGCUGUUGGAGGCAUCUCCGUCACUCUAGUUUUUGACAGAUCUCCUUUCAUACCUGAAAAAAGGACACUUUGGUUGCCUUGGAAUAGAUUUGUCAUCGUAGACAAAGUUGUAAUGCAAAGAACAGAGUCGGACACACCGUCCUGUGACAUCAGUAGUUUUAUCAGUCCAAAUCCGAUUGUACUCCCUUCACCCUUGACAGCAUUCGGAGGGUCCUGUCCUGAAAGAGGAACCGUUAUUCCAGAGCUACAGGUGGUCCAGGAGGAAAUCCCAAUUCCUUCGAGUUUUGUGAAGCUGAGUUAUCUCAGCAGUCGAACACCAGGUUAUAAAACUUUGCUGCGCAUUAUUUUGACACACACAACCAUCCCUCCCGGAAUGACAAAAGUCCAUCUGAUAGUUGCUGUUGAAGGACGUCUCCUUCAGAAAUGGUUUCCUGCUGCAGCCAACUUGGUCUACACGUUUGCCUGGAAUAAGACAGAUAUAUAUGGACAGAAGGUUUCUGGUCUGGCCGAGGCUAUGGUGUCGGUGGGAUAUGAAUAUGAAACAUGUCCUGAUUUUAUUCUGUGGGAGAAGAGAACGGUAAUCCUUCAAGGCUUUGAAAUGGAUGCUUCAAAUCUGGGAGGCUGGUCUAUAAACAAACACCAUGUAUUAAAUCCACAAAGUGGAAUUGUACACAAAGGAAAUGGUGAAAACAUGUUCAUUUCCCAGCAGCCGCCAGUCAUCUCAACCGUGAUGGGCAACGGACACCAGAGAAGUGUCUCUUGCUCCAACUGCAACGGUCUUGCUCUCAACAGCAAACUCUUUGCCCCGGUUGCUCUUGCUUCUGGGCCUGAUGGCAGCGUGUAUAUUGGUGACUUCAAUUUUGUCAGACGGAUCUUUCCCUCUGGAAACUCGAUCGGCAUAUUAGAAUUAAGGAAUAGAGACACAAGGCACAGUACAAGCCCUGCGCAUAAAUAUUACUUGGCCGUUGAUCCAGUGUCAGAAUCCCUUUACUUGUCAGAUACCAACACCAGAAAAGUCUACAAAGCAAAAUCUCUCAUUGAAACAAAGGAUCUGGCCAAAAACGCAGAUGUGGUGGCAGGAACAGGUGAUCAGUGCCUUCCAUUUGACCAGAGUCACUGUGGAGAUGGCGGAAAGGCAUCCGAGGCAUCUCUCAACAGUCCAAGAGGUAUCACUGUAGAUAAGCAUGGAUUUAUUUACUUCGUUGACGGUACCAUGAUUCGGAAAAUUGAUGAGAAUGGCGUGAUCACAACAAUAAUAGGUUCGAACGGCCUCACAUCAACCCAGCCAUUGAGCUGUGACUCUGGAAUGGACAUCACUCAGGUGCGGUUAGAGUGGCCAACAGACCUCACAGUGAACCCUCUAGACAAUUCGCUGUAUGUCCUGGACAACAACAUUGUCCUGCAGAUCUCUGAGAACAGGCGUGUGCGAAUUAUUGCAGGACGCCCCAUUCACUGCCAGGUGCCAGGCAUCGACCACUUCCUCGUCAGCAAGGUGGCUAUCCAUUCAACCCUGGAGUCAGCCAGGGCGAUCGCUGUAUCUCACAGCGGGAUACUCUACAUUGCAGAGACAGAUGAAAGAAAGAUCAACCGUAUACAACAGGUCACAACCAACGGUGAGAUCUCUAUAAUUGCUGGAGCCCCAUCAGAUUGUGACUGCAAGAUCGAUCCUAAUUGUGACUGUUUUUCAGGUGAUGGUGGAUAUGCCAAAGAUGCAAAGCUGAAAGCGCCUUCUUCUCUAGCCGUCUCUCCUGACGACACGCUGUACGUAGCAGACCUUGGCAAUGUGCGCAUCCGUGCAGUCAGCCGAAACAAGGCUCACCUCAGUGACACGAAUAUGUAUGAGAUUGCGUCGCCAGCGGACCAAGAACUGUAUCAGUUCACCAUCAACGGCACCCACCUGCACACGCUGAACCUCAUAACGAGGGACUACAUUUACAAUUUCACCUACAGCGGGGAAGGGGAUAUUGGCACCAUCACCAGCAGCAACGGGAAUUCGGUUCACAUCCGCAGAGACACAAGCGGGCUGCCCCUGUGGGUCGUGGUGCCGGGGGGCCAGGUGUACUGGCUGACAAUAAGCAGCAAUGGAGUUCUGAAAAGAGUUUAUGCCCAAGGCUACAACCUGGCUCUGAUGACAUAUCCCGGAAACACAGGGCUUUUAGCGACCAAAAGCGAUGAAAAUGGAUGGACGACUGUGUAUGAGUAUGACUCCGAUGGGCAUCUGACCAACACAACCUUCCCGACCGGGGAAGUCAGCAGUUUCCACAGUGAUGUCGAAAAACUGACGCGAGUGGAACUUGAUACUUCAAAUAGAGAGAAUGUGAUCACAGCCACAAACUUCUCAGCUACCUCUACAAUAUAUACUCUAAAACAAGAUAACACGCAGAAUAUCUACCGGGUCAGCCCCGAUGGGUCUCUGAGAGUCACCUUUGCCAGCGGAAUGGAAAUCACGCUUAACACGGAGCCUCAUAUUCUAGCAGGGGUUGUCAGCCCCACUUUGGGGAAGUGCAAUAUCUCUCUUCCUGGAGAACAUAACUCAAAUCUCAUUGAAUGGCGGCAAAGGAGGGAGCAGACCAAAGGCAAUAUCUCCACGUUUGAGAGAAGGCUAAGGGCCCACAACAGAAACCUGCUCUCCAUUGAUUUUGACCAUGUAACCAGAACAGGAAAGAUUUAUGAUGAUCAUCGAAAGUUCACUCUUCGGAUUAUGUAUGACCAGACAGGACGCCCAAUUUUAUGGUCACCCAUCAGCAAAUACAAUGAGGUCAAUAUCACUUAUUCACAUUCUGGAUUAGUCACCUAUAUCCAAAGAGGAACCUGGACUGAGAAAAUGGAGUAUGAUCCAAGUGGGAACAUAAUUUCCAGAACAUGGGCAGAUGGUAAAAUAUGGAGUUACACAUAUUUAGAAAAGUCCGUGAUGCUCCUGUUGCACAGCCAGCGCCGCUACAUCUUUGAGUACGACCAGUCGGACUACCUGCUGUCGGUCACCAUGCCGAGCAUGGUGCGCCAUGCCUUGCAGACCAUGCUGUCCGUCGGGUACUACCGCAACAUCUAUACCCCUCCGGACAGCAACGCGGCUUUCAUACAGGACGUCACCAGAGACGGUCGGCUUCUGCAAACGUUAUACCCUGGGACAGGACGCAGAGUUCUUUACAAGUACACCAAGCAGUCCCGACUUUCCGAGAUUCUGUAUGAUACUACUCAAGUCACGUUCACCUACGAGGAAUCCUCUGGGGUUAUUAAAACAAUACAUUUAAUGCAUGAUGGGUUCAUCUGUACCAUCAGAUACAGGCAAACAGGUCCGCUUAUUGGUCGCCAAAUCUUCAGGUUUAGUGAAGAAGGGCUUGUAAACGCCAGAUUCGACUACAGCUACAACAAUUUCCGUGUCACAAGCAUGCAGGCCAUGAUAAACGAGACGCCUCUUCCCAUAGAUCUGUACCGUUACGUCGAUGUCUCUGGAAGGACGGAACAAUUUGGGAAGUUCAGUGUAAUUAAUUAUGAUUUAAACCAAGUUAUAACCACCACUAUGAUGAAACAUACCAAAAUUUUUAGUGCCAAUGGUCAGGUGAUUGAAGUUCAAUAUGAAAUUCUCAAGUCUAUUGCUUACUGGAUGACCAUCCAGUAUGAUAAUAUGGGUCGUAUGGUGAUCUGUGACAUACGUGUAGGUGUAGAUGCCAAUAUAACAAGAUAUUUUUAUGAAUAUGAUGCCGAUGGUCAACUUCAGACUGUGUCUGUGAAUGACAAAACCCAGUGGCGCUACAGCUAUGACCUUAAUGGCAACAUCAAUUUGCUGAGCCAUGGGAACAGUGCGCGCCUCACUCCUCUGAGAUAUGAUCUGAGAGAUCGCAUUACCAGACUUGGAGAAAUUCAGUAUAAAAUGGACGAAGAUGGUUUUCUCAGGCAAAGAGGCAAUGAGAUCUUUGAGUACAACUCUAACGGUCUGCUGAACAAAGCGUACAACAAAGCGUCUGGCUGGAUGGUGCAAUACUGUUACGAUGGCCUUGGAAGACGAGUUGCAAGCAAAUCAAGCCUAGGACAACACUUGCAGUUCUUCUAUGCUGAUCUCUCCAAUCCAAUAAGAGUCACUCACUUGUACAAUCAUACUAGCUCAGAAAUAACAUCCCUGUAUUACGAUCUUCAAGGUCAUCUCAUUGCAAUGGAAUUGAGCAGUGGAGAAGAAUAUUAUGUUGCUUGUGAUAACACUGGAACACCUCUAGCUGUAUUUAGCAGUCGGGGCCAAGUCAUAAAAGAGAUUUUGUACACCCCAUACGGAGAGAUCUACCAGGACACUAAUCCAGAUUUCCAGGUUAUCAUUGGUUUCCAUGGAGGGCUCUAUGAUUCCCUUACUAAAUUAGUUCAUCUGGGUCAGCGGGACUAUGAUGUCAUCGCGGGUCGGUGGACGACACCAAAUCACCAUAUAUGGAAACACCUGAAUGCUGUCCCACAACCAUUUAAUCUCUACUCAUUUGAAAAUAAUUACCCAGUUGGCAGAAUCCAAGAUGUUGCUAAGUAUACAACAGACAUUGGAAGUUGGCUGGAGCUGUUUGGUUUCCAGUUGCACAACGUACUACCUGGAUUCCCAAAACCAGAGAUAGAAGCUCUGGAGACAACAUAUGAACUUCUACAGCUUCAAACAAAAACUCAAGAGUGGGAUCCUGGAAAGACUAUCCUUGGUAUUCAGUGUGAGCUCCAAAAGCAACUCCGAAACUUUAUAUCCUUGGAUCAACUUCCUAUGACGCCCAGGUAUAGUGAUGGCAAGUGCUCCGAGGGAGUGAAGCAACCGAGAUUUGCAGCUAUUCCUUCAGUAUUCGGAAAGGGCAUCAAAUUCGCUAUAAAGGAUGGUAUAGUGACAGCUGACAUUAUAGGCGUGGCUAACGAGGACAGCCGGCGCAUUGCUGCCAUCCUCAACAACGCUCACUACCUGGAGAACCUGCAUUUCACCAUAGAGGGCCGAGACACGCAUUACUUCAUCAAGCUGGGGUCUUUGGAAGAAGACUUGGCCCUAAUCGGCAGCACUGGAGGACGACGCAUCUUGGAGAACGGCGUCAACGUCACAGUGUCACAGAUGACGUCUGUGAUCAACGGGAGGACUAGACGCUUUGCUGACAUCCAGCUCCAGCAUGGCGCCCUGUGCUUUAACGUUCGGUACGGAACAACGGUGGAAGAAGAAAAGAACCAUGUCUUAGAGAUAGCCAGGCAGAGAGCCGUGGCUCAGGCCUGGACUAAGGAGCAGAGACGGCUGCAGGAAGGGGAAGAAGGUAUUAGGGCAUGGACAGAUGGAGAGAAGCAGCAGCUUUUAAGCACUGGGCGGGUACAAGGCUACGAUGGAUAUUUUGUUCUAUCUGUGGAGCAGUAUCUCGAACUUUCUGACAGUGCCAAUAAUAUUCACUUUAUGAGACAGAGUGAAAUAGGCAGAAGGUAACAAAGAAAAUCUCUGCCUUUGCGUCACCAAAGACUGCCUGUUUUUAAACGUAAAAUGGUUUAUUGUAUUGGUUUUUCUAGAUCAGAACUCUGUAUAUAUAAAUAUAGAGGAAAAAACAUAUCCAACUGCCUUUAAAUGUGACAGAAGAUGGUAUUUUAAUAUUGUUCGUUUAACUCUUUGAGAGAUGACAGUGACAAUUUUUAGUUCUUGUGUGGCAGUAUUCAAAAAUUUCAGAAGCAGAGUCCUGACAGCUGAGCAGCGCGACCUGCGCGCGAGAUGCCCGGGGUGACACCGCACAUCCCUGCGGGGUAGGGGAGAGCCCAGCGUGCUCUGCCUUCUUCUAAAGAAACACGACUUUUUUGUUGUUGUUGAUUUACUAAUUCACCAAUUAUUCAAAAGGUUACAGAGCCUGAUUCUUCAACCCGUGUUUCCUGUGGGUAGUUUUUAUCCCAGUGAGAUCUCCCAUAAGUUCAAGGGAUUGCAUACAGAAACCAGACUGUGUAUGGAAACUUCGUAGUUGCUCACCAACCCCGCACAUGUCAUUCCUCACAGCUAUGAUAUAAGGGAUUUUCUAACCUGGGAAACCCAACUGGCGUUGGAUACAGUAUGGAAAGGCUGUCACAUAUGGCCUUUAGCUUUGCUCAGCCGUAGCCAUCUCUCAGCCUCUCAGUGACAAACACCACGUUGCGUCUACUUUUGCAUGUGGGGGCCUCUCUCCCAAGGUUUCCCUCGGCACUGGGUUAUGCUGGAGUCCAGCAGCACACGUGGGGCUGCCGAUCGUCCAGACAGAGGGGUGCAGGGUGGCACCGCACUGCUGGGCUUCAGCCAGGCAUCGGGGUGGCCAAAGAAGGGCUUCGCAAGCGCUGUGGUCAACACCAGCGUGCUCCAGACUGGGCUUUAACUCAGUGCUUUUGGGACAACCCUCGUUACCCGGCCGGGGGGUUCCCAGACGGUUCAGUAACAACAAGCCAUGCAGGAUCAGUCCUGUCUGUAGUCAUUGGGCCAGAACUCAUCUUUUCACAGAUCAUUUGGAAACUGCAGUGUUGUUGGGUUUAGGCAUCGCGGUUUUUUCAUCUCAAAUUAAUAAUCCGGUUGUAUUACUCAUUUUUUUUUGAGUCUGAAGAAGAUUGGUGGGUUGGGAGUUGAUGAACCUAAGUGUGGAUAGUAAAUAUGUUGAUAAACAUAGAACAUUUUGGGGAUGACUCUUCACUUUUCAGCUCAAUAUCUAGAGCACAUAGAAAAGCAUUAUAUUGCAUGGGCAGAAAUUUUUAUUUCCCAAGGUAUCAUGCGCUGCUGGCACAGUUAUUUCACAGCAGAGUAGGUGAACCUUCUUUCAGCUUGUCAUUUUUAAAAGACCUGAUUAUCGGGAGGGGAGGGCACAUGGGGAGGGGGAAACAGGUAAGCAGAGUUCCUUUACUGACUUUCAGAGGGAGCUAGAAGUCUUGUUAUAGAGCCUGUGUAUCCGUAACAGUGAUGUUAUUGCACAUUCUUUCAAAACAGACAUAGCAAAUAUAUUGAAACAAUUUCUGCUCAUAUUUACGGAAGCCAACAAAGUGCUUUCUUUGUCUUUCUUCCUUCCUUUCCAGUUUUCUUUUUUCCCUUUUUUGGGGGCAAGUGGAGCAGACUGUACCAAAGUUAGAGAUGAGCCUGAACUGGCACCUGAGACCUGACCCCCCCGGGGGUUUGGACUCGGGUCUCAGCCUCACGCCAUUAGUGUCUCCUUCCAGACUCCUUCCGCUCCCCCGGGAGCCAGCGCAGCUUUGGGGGUGCAGGAUUAGGCUGAGUGAGAGCCUAGUCCCUAAAACCACCCUCUACUCCCCAGCCAGGAGGAACUGUGGACCAAAAUCUGCACAUACACGUCUUGGUGGGGCUCAUCGUUAACUAACGUACAGAAUUGGGAGCUGACAAUCCAGGUUUGACAGCUCUGAUUUCCGUAAUUUUCCAUACGAUCAUGGAGAACUUGAAUACCUCCACACCAGCCUAAAAAUGGACCUUCAAAUCCUUGAGCCUCUAAUAUGCUUUUAAUCAACGGAAGAAUAAUUUAUGAAUUGUAUAUAGAGAGCGCAUUCAUAAAUGUGAUGAUGUAUUUUAUCACUGAUCCAAGAUGUCAAUAUUAGAGUCUAUUUUACUUAUAUUUUAAGCAAUUAUACUUUUUUGCAAUUCACUAAUGAGGUAUCAUUUUCAAACUGCUUUAAAUAUCCAUUAUAAACAAAUAUUUGAAGCUAUUAGAAUUACCUUGAACUGUGCAUUUCUAGUAUGUAAUACAUAUUUAGUUAGCUUGUGCCUUUAGUUUCUUAAAGUUAUAUUUGUAUUAUAUGCAGGAAAUGCACUUUGUAUUACCUACAGCUGUGUUUUUUAAUACUGCCUUGAUUACUGUUGUUCUCAUAUUAUGCCAAAAGGUCAAAGAGUGAAAUGUGUUACAAGUUUGUCACUGAAAGUAGAUUUGGCAUUUUCCCAGUUCCUGGGUGCAGUCUAAGGUACAUCUUUGAACAAUAUUUCUUAUGAGAAUAUGGAUGUGUGAAGAAUCACAUGACAUUACGUGGCCCGGUUACACAAGCAAAAAAAAAUGCCUUCGCCGUAACAGUUUCAGAAAUUUAGGAAACUAAAUGAAAAUGUCGUGUUGAGAUGACAGUGCUAAAGAAACGCGGUGUUGCUGAAGGAGCACUGGAGACUGAAGCCGCAGCUACGCGCGGGCCAGCCAGCAGUGAUUCCCGAGACUAUAGCAAACACAUAGCUUUGGACCAUCUUGUUCAUGAACAACCUCAGAUGGAGGCAGGGAAGAUUUCAGUCUCCAUUUUUUUCUUCCUACUAGUUAGACCAAUUUCUCAAUGUUGUUUUUUGUAGUUUUUCUUUUCUUUUUUUUUUUUUUUUUAAUUUUGCACUAUAGCCUAGAGACCCAAAUGAGAAAAAGCAAAAAAGAAAAAUAGUGGCAUGGAAAUUUAUACUGUUAUUUAGAUCAGAGGAUUUGAUGCUAGCGUUCUGCACUGCAAACAAGGUUCUGAAAGUGGAAAAAAUAACAUAGAAUUAAAUUAAAAUAAAAUUAAAACCACUAUUGCACACUAUCCUGUAGCAAAUGCCUACCAUGAGAAAUACGUGCUAUAUUUUCUAUGACAGCCAAACCAAUAGUGUGUACAAGUAAGGUUUCCUUUGCUUUCAUAUUUAUUUAGCAAAUCUAGAACAUUUCAAAGGUAUAAAUAUAUAUAUAGAUAUCUACGUAGAACAUAGCCAAAUAAAUAUAUACGAACUGGUCGAUGUGCAACUCGGUAUACACAUCCUAGCCGUUUGGUUUGAGCUCUCUAACGUGCUCUCGGUUGUGCACGAGGGGGGAGACGCGGCCUCUCCCGAAGCCCCGGCGCCCCGGCCCUGCGCUGCCCUCCCCGCCGAGCCCCCGCUGCCGGUGGCCGGGGCCAGGGCCGCGGAGCUGCAGCGCUGCCGAGGCCAUCGCUGCUGCGGGCAGCCGAGGUGCGGUUCCGAAGGGGAAGGCGGUUUAGGCAGAGGAGCUCCUGUUCUAGCCUGAGCAAAAGGAGAUGAACAGCUCGCUGGCAGGGCGUGAGCGUGCUCGGGGGGAUUCGCCGGAGCGCAGCUGAUCCAACGCGGUGAUGCUCGGAUCAGGCUGCGCCGACAGCCCUAAGGGGUUUCCCUGUCAACUGCUGACUGUUAUUUAAACCCAUCCUUGAUACAAAACAUUACCAGGUCGAAAGCGCCCCGGCUGUCAGAGGAAUCGCUUCUCGGCAGGAACUGGGACCGGUGGAGUCGGACUCGCUGUGGAUUUGUCCGGGCAUUUGUCACCUGCCAUUAUUUGUCUAAGGAAACGUGUUUGACAAUUUCCAGUUUUUCCUUAGAUCUCGUGGUGGACUUUAGCCUUUUAAUAAAUGUUAGUAUAUCAGAUCGUGUCCUUGACAGUAUUUUACUUGUAUGAACCAUGAUAAAACAUUAAAAUCUUCAUACUCUUCAGGCAGAAGUGUCAAUAAACGAGAAAGAGAAGCAUAGCAUACGAUAUAUGUCAAAGUAACGUUCCUUUUUAGCUUUCUCAUCAACAGUAAAAAUGUUUACAAUGUAUGCCAAGAUCUUCGGUUUCUGUCUAACACCGGUUAGAGGUUCUGAUCUUAACAGAAAUUGUGUUAUAAUGGCCUCAGCCUCGUUGCUAGGAAACAAUAGAUCCCAAUUUUUUUAUUCCUGCUCUAACUCCUGUGCUGAAUAGUGACUGGAUACUGUACAGGUUUAUGUUAUAUGGCUGCAGUUACAUGGUCUGAUGCAUUUUGCUCUGGGUUUCAGACCAGAAGCAUGCAUUUUCUACAAGAACAUCCCAGCAACGCGCUGUAAAUAUUAAAAGUUAAUAUAUUAUGUGUCGAUAUUUGAAAAAGAAAGUACUUUGACUAUUUCAUUUUUAAAAAAUAAA